CACAAGAAACCUUGUAAAUGUAGAUACAUUUGAUCAUACAAUAACAAAAACUUGGACAUAAAAUUUAACAAAAACAGAUCCACAUAAAGAAUUUCCAAAAUACAAUUCCACUUCCACUUUCACUGCACUUUAGCAUCGACGAGAACAGUACGUACGUUCAGCCAUCAAUUCCUGGAAAAACCCGUCAAGAGAAUGGCAGCUCUUGACCUAUUCAAGCUCUCCUUCCUUGUGAGUCUUCUCUCCAGCAGCUCAAACUUGGUGAAGAGGGGGAGUGGUGGUGUUGCGGUAUUCCCGCCCACAUGCAACCGCAUAGAGUGCCCAAGCUACGACGUGAUUCAGAGCGGCGACGGGUUCGAAAUCCGGCGUUAUAAUUCCAGCGUCUGGAUUUCCACUCAGCCUAUUGACGAUAUCUCCUUGGUUGAUGUCGGCAGAAUUGGCUUCUUCCAGCUAUUUGACUACAUCCAGGGCAAGAACAAUAACCAUCAGAAAAUAGAAAUGACAGCCCCAGUGAUCACCCAAGUAAAGCCCAGUGAUGGACCCUUCUGUGCCUCAUCCUUUGUUGUUAGCUUCUACGUUCCUAAAGAAAACCAAGCCACUGCCCCUUCAGCCAAAGGUCUCCAUCUCCAAAGAUGGGGACUCACCUACGUAGCCGUAAGGCAAUUCAGCGGGUUCGUAAUGGACGACGAAGUUGGGGAGGAAGCUGCAGCAUUGUACGCCAGCAUUGCUGGGACUGUUUGGUCGGAUGCCAUCGACAAGAGCCAUGCAGGCGAGGCUGCGACAGAGUACAUUGUGGCACAGUAUAAUUCUCCAUUUGAAUUUAAGAACAGGGUGAACGAGAUUUGGCUGACGUUCGAUGUCGAGGAUGGUUUGGUAAUUUGAAUAAUUAUAGUUCAAAGUUGUUGUACCAACGAUGAUAGAGACAAGUAUUAUUCCAAAUUGAUCGCGGUAUAUCCGAAUAUUAGUUAUAUGAAAUAAAUGUAUUUGAGGAUA